CAGCGUCCUCAUAAAUGCGCCAGGGGUGAACAGAACGCCCCGGGCAUCUCUCUGUCUUUGUAGGAGAGAGAGAGAGAGACAGCUCCUCAUCCUCCCGGGCCGGGGUAAACCCCCCCCAAAGGUGGUCACCCCAGCCUCCCCUGUCUCCUCCCCCGCUCCCUGGCACGACUGCCGGCCGUCCUCCGCGGUGCCCAAGACCGAGAAUCCACAAUUCUCCUCGUCUCAGGAAAAUAAAAAAAAUAAAAUCAAAAGCUGAUUUUGACCGAAGGGUUGGCACCAGCGCGGUGGCCGCAGAUAGCGACGAGAAACAAACGGUCCCCUGUGCUGAACCCGGGAGGAGGGAGAGAGGGAAAACAACAAUCCCGGGCGGGCGCUUGCUUCACUGGCCGCAGUUCCGCCUAGAUCCGCCCUAUCUAGGCUGCCUCUCAGGAAUGAUCACAUUUAAAGUCAAAAAGACAGACCGCCGGAGUUAACCCCAGAGCGAAUUUCUGUGUCGCUUGUUUUAUUCACCCUUGAGAGAUGUGGAUAAUAGAAGGUGUUUGGAGUUCUGGAGACCUCGGGGAGAAUUAAGUGAGGGUUUGUGGAUGCACUUAGAUGUUUGCAAUGAGCACUGUGGCUGGCAUGCCCCAGUAUUUUGGAUACCAAUGCAUAGGACUCCAUAGUAAUCGAAUUUACCAGAGGCGAACGUCAUGAGCAUAGCAAUCCCAUUGGGGGUUGGUACAACAGAAACAUCAUACUUGGAAAUGGCUGCAGGCUCAGAACCAGAAUCUGUAGAAGCUAGCCCUGUGGUAGUUGAGAAAUCCAACAGUUAUCCCCACCAGUUAUACACCAGCAGCUCCCAUCAUUCACACAGUUAUAUUGGUUUGCCCUAUGCGGACCAUAAUUAUGGUGCUCGUCCUCCUCCAACACCUCCAGCUUCCCCUCCUCCAUCAGGUCUCAUUAGCAAAAACGAAGUAGGUGUGUUUGCCACGGCAAACUUCGAUGACACUUCCAGUGCUACUACCAUCAGCACAUCUGAGGACGGGAGCUACGGCACUGACGUGACCAGGUGCAUAUGCGGUUUCACACAUGACGAUGGGUACAUGAUCUGCUGUGACAAGUGCAGUGUUUGGCAACAUAUUGACUGCAUGGGGAUUGACAGGCAGCACAUCCCUGACACAUAUCUAUGUGAGCGCUGUCAGCCCAGGAAUUUGGAUAAAGAGAGGGCGGUGCUACUACAACGCCGGAAAAGAGAAAAUAUGUCAGAUGGUGAUACCAGUGCAACUGAAAGUGGUGAUGAAGUCCCUGUGGAAUUAUAUACUGCAUUUCAGCAUACUCCAACUUCAAUCACUUUAACUGCUUCCAGAAUUCCCAAGGUUACUGACAAAAGAAGGAAAAAAAGUGGGGAGAAAGAACAAAACUUUUCAAAGUGUAAAAAAGCCUUUCGUGAAGGAUCUCGGAAAUCAUCAAGAGUUAAGGGUUCAGCACCAGAAAUUGAUCCUUCAUCUGAUGGUUCAAAUUUUGUAUGGGAGACGAAAAUCAAAGCAUGGAUGGAUCGCUAUGAAGAGGCAAAUAAUAACCAGUAUAGUGAAGGUGUUCAGAGGGAGGCACAAAGAAUAGCUCAAAGACUAGGCAGUGGGAACGACAACAAAGACAUGAAUAAGUCAGAAUUGAGUACCAACAACUCACUCUUCAAACCUCCUGUAGAGAGCCAUAUACAGAAGAAUAAAAAAAUUCUGAAAUCUGCCAAAGAUUUGCCUCCUGAUGCACUUAUCAUUGAAUACAGAGGGAAGUUUAUGCUGAGAGAACAGUUUGAAGCAAAUGGAUAUUUCUUUAAAAGGCCAUACCCUUUUGUUUUAUUCUACUCUAAGUUUCAUGGGCUAGAAAUGUGUGUUGAUGCGAGGACUUUUGGGAAUGAGGCUCGAUUCAUCAGGCGCUCUUGUACACCCAAUGCAGAGGUAAGACAUGAGAUUGAAGAAGGAACCAUACAUCUCUACGUUUACUCCAUACAGAGUAUCCCAAAAGGGACUGAGAUUACUAUUGCCUUUGAUUUUGACUAUGGGAAUUGUAAAUACAAAGUGGACUGUGCGUGCCUCAAGGAAAAUCCCGAGUGCCCUGUUCUGAAACGGAGUUCAGAGUCUACAGAAAACAUCAACAGUGGUUAUGAGACCAGAAGGAAAAAAGGGAAAAAGGAGAAAGAUGUUUCAAAAGAAAAAGAUAUACAAAAUCAGAAUAUUACUUUGGAUUGCGAAGGAACAAACAACAAAAUAAAGAGUCCAGAAACAAAACAGAGAAAGCUUUCUCCACUGAGACUAUCAGUAUCAAAUAAUCAGGAACCAGAUUUUAUUGAUGAUAUGGAAGAAAAAACUCCUGUUAGCAAUGAAGUAGAAAUGGAAUCUGAGGAGCAAAUUGCAGAAAGAAAAAGGAAGAUGACAAGAGAAGAAAGAAAAAUGGAAGCAAUUUUGCAAGCUUUUGCCAGACUUGAAAAAAGAGAGAAAAGACGAGAACAAGCUUUGGAAAGGAUCAGCACAGCCAAGACGGAAGUUAAGCCUGAGUGUAAAGAGUCACAGGUCAUCACAGAUGCUGAAGCUAGCCAGGAACAAGUAAAAGAAGAAACUGCUAUCAAGCCAACCCCUGCCAAAGUGAAUAGAACUAAGCAGAGAAAAAGCUUUUCUCGAAGUAGAACUCACAUUGGACAGCAGCGUCGGAGACACAGGACCAUCAGCAUGUGUUCAGACAUACAGCCAUCUUCUCCUGACAUUGAAGUUACAUCACAACAGAACGAUAUUGAAAACACUGUGCUUGCUGUAGAGCCCGAAACAGAAACUGCAGCAGCAGAAAUAAUUACUGAAGUGGAAAUUCCAGCACUUAAUAAAUGUCCCACCAAGUACCCCAAAACAAAGAAGCACUUGGUCAAUGAAUGGUUAAGUGAGAAGAAUGAGAAGACAGGAAAACCUUCAGACAGCCUUUCAGAAAGGCCUCUGCGCAUAACUACAGAUCCAGAGGUGUUAGCUACACAGCUCAAUUCUUUGCCAGGUCUCACUUACAGCCCCCAUGUAUACUCUACUCCUAAGCAUUAUAUUAGAUUUACAUCACCAUUCCUUUCGGAAAAAAAGAGAAGAAAAGAAACUACUGAAAACAUUUCUGGCUCAUGCAAAAAGCGAUGGUUGAAACAAGCUCUAGAAGAAGAAAAUUCAACAAUUUUACAUAGAUAUCAUUCACCUUGUCAGGAAGAAUCCAGAAGCCCUACAGUUAAUGGUGAAAAUAAAAGUCCACUACUGUUAAAUGACUGCUGUUCCCUCCCAGAUUUAACUACACCACUAAAAAAAAGAAGACUUUAUCAGUUGCUAGAUUCUGCCUACUCAGAAAGCUCCACCCCUACUCCUUCACCAUAUGCUACACCAACUCACACAGACAUGACUCCUAUGGACCCAGCAUUUGCCACUCCUCCACGGAUAAAAUCAGAUGAUGAAACUUACAGAAAUGGUUAUAAACCCAUAUAUUCACCUGUGACCCCAGUAACUCCUGGCACACCCGGAAACACUAUGCACUUUGAGAAUAUUUCUUCCCCAGAAAGUUCUCCAGAAAUAAAGAGACGCACUUACAAUCAAGAGGGAUAUGACAGAUCUUCAACCAUGCUAACAUUGGGGCAUUUUAGAAAUUCCAAUUUAACUGAACUGGGCCUUCAAGAAAUAAAGACUAUUGGUUAUACUAGCCCUAGGAGUAGGACUGAAAUCAACAGGCCUUGCCCAGGGGAAAAAGAAUCGGUGUCAGACCUUCAACUGGGACUCGAUGCAGUCGAGCCAGCAGCCUUACAAAAAAACAUGGAAAUACCAGCCCAUGACAGGACUGAGCCCAACAGCCAACUGGACUCGACCCACUCUGGACGAGGUGCACUGUAUUCUUCCUGGGGAAAGAGUCCUGAUAGAACUGGAGUUAACUUCUCAGUCAACUCCAAUUUGAGGGACUUGACACCCUCACAUCAGCUGGAAAUUGGAGGAGGCUUCCGAGUAAGUGAGUCCAAGUGCCUGAUGCAGGACGACGCCAGAGGCGUGUUUAUGGAAACAGCUGUCUUUUGUACUUCUCAAGAUGCACUUGUCUCUGGUUUCGGACAGACUGUUAAUGACAAUUUGAUCGACGGGAGUUGCACACCCCAGAAUCCACCACAAAAGAAAAAGGUUUCUCUAUUAGAAUACCGUAAGAGACAACGAGAAGCUAGGAAAAGUGGUUCUAAGACAGAAAACUUUGCUUUGAUUAGUGUAUCACCUCACACAAGUGGGAACCUGAGCAACAGUGGUGAUGCAUGUGUCCACGGCAGUGAAAAUGGGGAGCAGGUAGAAAACCAGGCUAGCUUGCCUUUACCACCGCCAACUACCACUUACAAUGCCUCUUGUGAAGAGGGCAGCAGUAACUGCCCUGCAAAAGAAGCCAACGCCAGUGAGAAGAAAGACCCAGAAGUUCAGUGGACUGCCUCUACUUCAGUGGAGCAAGUAAGAGAAAGGAGUUAUCAGAGAGCAUUACUGCUCAGUGAUCACCGGAGAGAUAAAGACAGUGGGGGAGAGUCACCAUGUGUCUCAUGUUCACCGAGUCAUGUUCAGUCUUCACCUUCAUCUCAUUCAAAUCACAUUCCCCAGGUGCACACUAAGAGCCUAGUCCCUUCCUUGAGUGAACUUAUAGCAGAUCCUGACCCUGAAAAUCCAGAACCCACAACUGUGAGUGAAUGUCCAUCCCCUGACACUUCUCAGAGCCCCUCAAAAACAAGCAAGCCUGGUUCACCAGGACCGAUAAAUCCUGCUCAGUUACAUGGGAAAAUACUCACAAAACCAGAUUCCCACUGGGAGACAACAGUCACUGUAUCAGAAGCUGAGAACACCAUUCACCUGAAGACGGAGCUCCAGCAGAAACCGCUGUCAAGUAACACCCCAGCACUUUCAAAGACCCACCCUCCUCAGGCCCAUGUUCGCAAUGCAAAUGAGCAACUUCCACAAAAGCUGCCUUCUGCACCAACAAGGUUGCACUGUCCUCCAUCACCUCACAUAGAAAACCCUCCCAAGUCCUCCACGCCUCACACAACUGUGCAGCAUGGUUACCUCUCACCAAAGCCUCCUUCACAGCAGUUAGGAUCUCCCUUCAGGCCUCACCAUUCACAGUCACCUCAAGUUGGAACUCCUCAGCGAGAGACUCAGAGAAGCUUUUAUCCAGCAGCACAGAACCUUCAAGCCAGUACUCAGCAGGCAGCUUCUGGAGCAUUAUUUACACAGACACCCUCAGGACAAUCUUCAGCAACAUACAGUCAGUUUAACCAACAAAGCCACAACAGCACAGCACCACCCCCUCCACCCCCUCCGCCUCCUUCGUCGUACUAUCAAAACCAGCAGCCCUCUGCAAACUUUCAGAAUUAUACUCAGCUCAAAGGUAGUCUUUCCCAACAAACUGUGUUUACAUCUGGACCAACUCAAGCACUUCCUGGCACCACAAGCCAGCAAUCAGUUCCAGGACACCAUGUUACUCCAGGACAUUUUCUGCCAUCUCAGAACCCUACCAUUCACUUUCCAAAUGCUGCUGCUGCUGUGGUCCCUCCCCCGCCUCCACCCCCACCUGUCCCAGGACCACACCUCAUGCAGCAGCCAAACUAUCAUCAGCAGCACUCUGUAGCACAUGUAGUUGGGCCAGUUCAUGCUGUCACCCCUGGGUCACACAUUCAUUCUCAAUCUACUGGACACCAUUUACCACCACCCCCUCCACCUCCUGGGCCGCAUCAUUCAACAUCAGGUCAAGCCUUACACCACCCACCUCAUCAAGGACCUCCACUUUUUCCUGCAAGUACUCACCCAGCUGUCCCACCGUAUCCCUCACAAGCUACACAUCAUACCACUUUGGGACCGGGACCCCAACACCAGCCUUCUGGAACAGGGCCACAUUGUCCAUUACCAGUUGCAGGUCCUCAUCAUCAGCACCAAGGACCUAACAGUAUUCCAACACCUACUGCUUCAGGGUUCUGUCCUCAUCCUCAUCCUGGCUCUGUGGCCCUGCCACAUGGGGUGCAAGGACCUCAGCAGGCAUCUCCAGUGCCUGGACAGAUUCCAAUUCACAGAGCACAGGUGCCACCAACAUUUCAAAACAAUUACCACGGUUCAGGGUGGCAUUAAAUUGGACUCUAAACAUUUUUUAAAAUGUUCUGUAAGAUAAACUGUAUAUUUCAUAUGUACCUAUUAAGGUACUUUUUAAAGCUUGUACAUGAAACUUUGUAUAAAAACAAAACAAAAAAGAAAAACAAACAAAAAACAAAACAAAAAACAACAAAAAAAAAAACACCAGUGCUCUUUCAUUGUAGGUUCCCCAUUUUUGCUUUUAAAAUCCCUUAAGAAAUGUGCUCUUGAGCCAUUCAUAGGCAUCUUUAUUUUGUAAGUGAACAUUCCAGCUGUUUUUCUGGCCAUAGAUCCGAAGCUACAUGACCUUUAAAUUUUAUUGUUGCAGUUCAAUUCAUUUCGUGAAUAUUUUCUAUAUUUUAUACAUAUGCAUUAAGUAAGGAAAGCACUAUGAGGAUUUUCUUCCUUUUUUAUGGUCAGCAGUUCUGAGAGUGCAUCUUAGGUCUGAAAAUGCAAUACAGGUUUUUAUAAUUUGGUGUGGACAUGGCUCAUUUUGUUUUAUCAGUUUUUUUGCAAGCAAAAUGUAAUUUAAUGUAAGAUAAUUUCUAGUGACCCCUGACAGACUGUAAAUACUGCAUUUCUUUUGCAUAUAUAAUUGCUUCCAGCUCUUUUCAUUUGGUGUAUAGCAUUGUAUAUAUGACAAGUCUUUUGCAAAAGUGUGAUCUCUGUGAAAGUAGUUCAGUAAGUACAGACCUUUCCUUUUUAUUUCAAAUAUGCUGUCACAUUGAAGCACUGGUUGGACAUUUUAAUUCCUGUUAAUAAAUCACAAUUAUGUCAGUUUUACUAAAUUGUUCUGUACAACUUCUGAGAUUGAGGUCUGCUUAAUGAUUUUACAAAAGUUAACGAUUUUCAAAUAUAAUUUGUAAGGAAAGAACCUUCCAUUUUCUUUAGUAACUACUACCUCAAUUGCUAGGCAGGCUACCAGCAGUGAGUCUGGGUGGUUCCCACAGUCCUUCCUAUCAUUUGCCUUUUCUUGAUAGGCAUGAGUCACAGGUAAUUAAAUAGCCAAGCCUAUGUGACUUAUACUUAUCGAUAACAAUCUAACAUCAUACAGAAUUACAAAAUUAAUCCAGAUCAUUUAUACAUUACAUACUAAGCAGUUACAUACUGCAGUUUACGAGUUUGAAAAGAAGUAAUUUACCUAAAACACAGGAAGAAUUAAUUUGCACACUUUAGAAUAUCACUGUAAUGCCCUACUAAUAAAACUGAUAUGAAAAUGUAACAUUUAAUAUCUAGCUGUAGGGCUUUUUUAAGUUGUAGAAAAUAUAUUUCUUUAAACAAAACUUAAGGGGAAAGGCAUUCUGAAAUAUGUCAAAUAGAAUGAAGAAGGUAUCUGAGUAUCUUACUACUGAAAGAAAUGUGUCAGUUGUGUUUUCUUUUUUUAAUUUCCAGCUUUUGCUAUAUGAAAUUUAUCAAUAGCAGUUACCCUGUUUAUCAACAUCCAUAAGUUUUCUGUAUCAGGGAAAAAAGUAAAAUUUUUUAAAGUGA